GUAUUGAUAGUAGAACGUUUUUUACUCAAUUUUCUGGGUAUUAUACGAAAUAACAAAAGCAGUUAUGUUCUAAUUUCACUAAAUGUUCCAUUGCGCUGAGUGAAAGUAUUAUUCAUAAACGUAAAAAUAUAGUUUUGGUGAGCGUUAUGUUUUCUGGCAAAGAUGCCGCAAACUCGGCAUACCCUACGCAGUGGGCGCUGAAUCCGACUGCGUAUCAAAAUAUAGACUCUAGUACGGUAGACUGGGCUGCUUUAGCUCAACAAUGGAUUGCUAUGAAGGAAGCCGCAGCCAUCCUGGCGGUACCACCACCGCCUUCAACCGCUGCGGCGUCGGUGAAGGAAAAUACGGAAGAAGGCGAGGCCCCAAUGGAGGUCGAAAAUCCAGAUGGCAACUCUGACAGCCCUGUACCACCACCUGGAGCGGAGUGGAAUCCUGCUACGAAUUCAUGGGUAGGCGGAUGGAACCAAUGGGGUUGGGGAUGGCCCGGCUCUGGGCCUGUGGACCAAAAGAUACCAGCCGAAUCAUCAUCAUUGAACAUACCCCCAUUGAUAGAUGGGUUCCCCAUACCUGCGGAAGCACCCAUGCCAGGGUACACUACAGGUCAAGCACCGACUUUCCAGCAUGGUUACUGGACUGCCCCACAAUCCCAAUCAGACCAGUCAACGAGUAGGAGCAGCAGCAACAGCCGCAACCGCGAGAGGCGGUCUAAAAGCAAGAAUCGAGAAACCAAACCUAUUAGAGGGAGAGCACUAAGAGAUAAGCCAACAAUGGUACCGCCUGUGGAACCAGUACCAGUGCCAAUCUCCAUGCCAACGCCCACCAUCGAUGCAGCCAAACGACGGCAGCUCCCUGGUUGGAUAAGAGAAGGUUUAGAGAAAAUGGAGCGCGAGAAACAAAGAGCAAUAGAAAGGGAACAAGAGAAGAAGGCUCGAGAGGAAGCAGAGAAAGAACAGAAGAGACUAGAAGACGAAGAAUUGGAAAGAAUUAAGGCAGAAGCUGGUGGACAACCAGUAUUGCCUCCUAAGAGUAAAUUUGAAACGGACUCGGAAAGCGAAUCCGAGAAGGAAGGAGACGAAGACGAGAAGGUGCCCGUGCCUCCGCCGCCGCGGCUGUCAGUGGAGCGCGCGCCGCCGCGCGUCGACCCCCCGCCGCUGCGCAGGAGUCGCGAGGACCUCUUGCAGGAAGUGAUGCAGACGGUCAGGCGUUCACUGACAGAAAUCCUACUCGAGGUGACAGACCACGAGAUUCAUACGGUGAGCCAGGAAGAAUUGGCCCGAUAUACCGCCGCACAAGCGUCGCGCCUCAACGCGAUGAAGGCAAGCAAGUCAAAGGCGCUCGCCGCUAUCGCCAGCGGUCUCGGGCUCGGGGCGUACGAGAGCAGCAGUGACGAGAGUGGCAAUGAUGACGACGACCACGAAGACAUUACCGAUCAGCAACUACAGGAUAUAAUAAAGCGAAGGAAGACGGAGUUCGAGCGAACAUCUCGCGAAAUUGAGGCCGAGGUACGCCGUGCCGAGCAGCGGGAGGCCGCGGAGGAUCAAGCUACGCCCAUCGGUACGCCCGAGCGUCCUAGACGAUCUAGAUCUUCUGCUACACCCCCACCUGAGAGCGAGACGCCAGAAAAAAUAUUGACGGAAAGACGUCUAUCUAGAGAUAAGAAAAGCAAUCAUAAAUCUAAUGAUAGGAUUGAUGGACUAAGAAGGCUAGAUUCCAUUCCCGAAGAGAAAUCCAGAAAAUCGAGCAAAAAGGACCAAAUACUCAGUCCACAGAAAGUGACUAACAAUAAAAAAGACAGUUCCUCUUCCACUAGUGACUCGGAGGAGGAUUCCUCAUCGAGCUCCAGCAAUGAGUCUUCCGAGAGUGAACAGGAAUCCAAAGUCGAAACAAAGUCCAAAAAACGCAAACGCCGCAGUUCAAGUUCAAGUGAUUCACGCCGGAAAUCCAAAAAGGAGAAACACAAGAAAGAAAAAUCGCAAAAAUCGGAUGAGAAAAAUUCUCAUUCAAAAUCGAAACGUCAUGACGAGUAUGAGAAGGAUAAAUCUAAAUCUAGAAGGAAGGACGAUUAUUACGAUAAGCAUAAGUCUUCUAGGAGUAGGGAUUACGAAAAGUCGCAUAAAGAUAAAUAUAGGGAUGAAUCAGAGGACGAUCGUCCGCGGAAGCGCGCGAAACGAUCGCGGUCGAUCAGCUACGAGUCGCGGUCGGGGCGACGUAGGUCUUCGCGGUCGGAGGAGCGCUCGCGUCGAAGGGAGAAGCGAUCUUACGACAGGGAGAGCUCGAAGCGGGACAGGUCCUACGACAGAUCCGGACGGGAGUAUGAAAAGUACGAUAGGUAUGAGCGGUCUAGGGACUACGACCGGCGGCGCUCACGCAGCGGCAGCCGCUCCCGACACCGCCGGUGAACAUCAGGUUACCAACUCAGCAGAUGGAGGCAGUAUUGAGCUUGCUCCGAGUGUAAAUAAUGUUUGUGUUAAUAGUUUUCCUUGAAAGUUUAAGCCCAUUGACCCCAAACCAGGGUGGUUUUAUUUACUUAUUAAUGGAUUCCUGUUGAUAUAUUUGAAAAUAAUGAAGUGUAGCUCCUUGUUUGGGGUGGCAAGUCUUUUUGAUUCACUAGCAUCAUGCACUAUUCCAAUAAAACUAUUCA